AUACAUACUUGUUGUCAAGGUUUGUUUCAAAGUUCAAACUGACUGACGGAGGAGUGACUGUGGAGAAAUGGGUCGCUGCCGAGCUGCGUCGCGCUCCGCCGAUGAUGACCCGAGGUCAAAGAAGAAAAAGGCUACUUUGAAUGUGGAGAAUUUAGAGACUUCAUCUGCAGGCCAAGAAAUAUCUGAUGGCAAGGCAUCUCUGUAUCACUGUAAUUAUUGCCACAAAGAUAUUUCAGGGAAGAUUCGCAUAAAGUGUGCUGUCUGUCAAGAUUUUGAUCUCUGCAUAGAGUGCUUCUCUGUCGGUGUAGAAGUGACACCUCACAAAUGUAAUCAUCCAUAUCGAAUUAUGGAUAAUCUAUCGUUUCCACUUAUAUGUCCAGAUUGGAAUGCAGAUGAAGAGAUGUUACUUCUAGAGGGUAUUGGAACGUAUGGAUUUGGGAAUUGGAGUGAAGUUGCAGAAUAUGUAGGAACGAAAAGCAAAGCUCAAUGUAUUGACCACUAUAAUGCUGUAUAUAUGAACUCACCCUGUUUUCCUCUCCCUGAUUUGUCUCAUGUUAUGGGAAAGAGCAGAGAGGAACUCCUUGCCAUGGCAAAGGAACAUGAAGCCAAGAAAGAAUUUCCUCCAACAGCAGAGCUUACUUUGAAAGAGGAAGCACCCUUCUCUGAUGGGAUAAACUCUGAAGAAUCUACGAAGGUAGGAACCACUAAUCAAACAAUGUCUAGGUUAACCUCAGCACGUGACAAAGCUUAUUCAAGUGCAAUUAAAAUGGCUUCCAAGAUGAGCCAGAAUAAUGAUGGAGUCAAGGUGGAAGUCGAACAUCAGGCUGGUCGGAGUAUUGGAGAGAAGAAACCUAAAUUUUCAGGGGAAGAUAGGCCUUAUAUGACAGAGUUUAGUGGAUACAAUUUUAAGAGAGAGGAAUUUGAAAUUGAAUACGAUAAUGACGCAGAACAAGUACUGGCAGAUAUGGAAUUUAAGGACACUGAUACUGAAGCUGAAUGUGAAACAAAACUGCGUGUGCUCCAUAUCUACUCAAAAAGGUUAGAUGAACGAAAACGCAGGAAGAAUUUUAUACUUGAAAGAAAUUUACUUUGUCCUGAUCCUUUUGAAAAAUCUCUCUCACCUGAAGAGCUUCAAAUAUGUCAGCGCUACAAGGUCCUCAUGAGGUUUCAAUCGGAUGAACAACAUCGGGAGUUGCUAAAAAAUAUUAUUGAAGAACAUCGACUUGUCAAAAGAAUUCAAGAUUUACAGGAAGCUCGACUUGCCGGCUGUGUAACUGCAGCUAAAGCUCAGGAAUUUAUUGAACACAAGAGGACAAAGGAAGCUGAAGAAAAGGGCUGCAAAGGAAUUGGUCAUAUUGGAACUGGUGCUAAGACGUUACAGAAGUCAAAUUAUCUCAAAGGAGAGCUUGAUAGUAGCCUACAAGGUCUUCACAAGGAUUCACGACCAACUGUCAUGGAGGCUAUCACAAGGUCGCUUGAAGAAUGGGAUAUCAGUGGAUUUGAAGGGGCUGAAUUAUUAUCUGAAUCUGAGAAAAAGCUUUGUAACGAGAACAGAAUUCUUCCAUCACACUACCUCAAGAUGCUGCAGAUCAUGUCAUUAGAAAUUUCAGAGGGCAGAGUAACUAACAAAUCUGAUGCACAUAGACUGUUCAAGGUAGAGCCAAGCAAGGUUGAUAGAGUUUACGACAUGCUUGUGAAAAAGCAAGGUUGAUAGAGUUUACGACAUGCUUGUGAAAAAGCAAGGUUUUCAAGCACAAUGAAAUUCUCUGUAAUGAUUAAAAGGCCAUUUUUGUACAUUCCUCUUCAUCGUUAUUUUGUCCCACAGAAAUGGGUAGAAGUCGCAUUAUUUCUCGUCGGUCA